CGCCGUCAGAAUAUCGCCUUGCCCGCAAUGAAAUGACGUGCAGUCUUUUCGAAUAUUUACCAAAUAAUUUACUUUGUAACGAUUUAUAAAAAUGAUGUCCCAACUAACUAAAAGUACAGCCAGCCACAACUCAAGAUCUCUGAGCAGAUUGAUGUAUGACACAGAUGAAUUGACCGACGAAGAGUUGAUAAGACAAGUCAACGAUUUAAAGAAACAAAUAAAGAUAUUGUCUUUAGAAAAUGAGAUCAUUGAAAAGACCAUAACCAGGUUGGAGCCAUCGCUGAUGCAUGGCGUGCAACAAGCGUUAGAAUACGCCUUGAAAUUAAAUAGCACUUCUUCACUGAACGUCGGUAGUUUUGUGAAGUCGCAAACUUCGAAAAUAGGUGGUUUAGCUUUAGACUCUUUCAACAGCCCGUCAAGAACAUUAGCCUUUUCCAGCCCAUCAAGAAUUUCAGCAAGAAAAUUCGACUCUUCGUCGGCCAAAUUGGGUGGAACUAUCAUUUUUGGAGCCGGUCCCCGAGUCAAUGUCAUAGAAAGAUCUGAACUUGUUCUAGCAGAAAUGGAAAUAUUAAUUAAUAAUCUUGAGAAGGCUCGGAAUAAAGCCGCCAAAAAACAUGCUCUUCUUAAAGCCCAAAUCGAGGAAAUAAAAGUCAGAGAGGGAGAUAUUGAUAAAGCCAGUGCUUUGUUCCAACAUGAAGUUAUAGUAGGCGGUUGGGAUAAAAUAGCUCAGCGGAUCCCAGCCGAAAUAUGGAUACGAUUCAUGACGGAGUGGGUAAAACAAUGCGACAGCAAAAUCGGUAAACUGAGGCUUAGAACGAGCACUUUAAACACACAAUACGGCAAACUGACAGGUCAAAUUCGAGUCAAGACAGAGUUGAGCGAAAGUCUGAGGGCUGUUGAUUUUGAAAAACUCAAAAUUGAAAACAGUGAGAGUGAAAAGCUAAUAGAUUAUAAAUUCCAACAGUUGGUUGAGUUGAAAAAGAUGACCGGCGAUGCAAACUUAACUUUGACUAUACACAAGAAGGCUAUGAUGGAUCAGAAUAAUUACUUGAUCGGCAUUGUCAAUUCUAUAAAAAAUAGAGAGAUACUAACAGUGCAACUCGAUAAAGAGAGAGAUAGAAUUGAAGAGCAAGCGGAUAGUUUAGAUCAGAGAUUGACGGAGGUGAAGAAAGUGCGCUUGGCAUAUGAAGUGCCUGAUAUUAUGGAUUACGUGCAAGUGAAAUCAGAAUUAACUGACUUGAAGCACGCUAUAAAGAUGUUGGACAACAGAGUUCACAUAUAUCAGAUCGCGUUGACGUCAUUGAAGAAGAAAAUGGUGUCAAUGAGGAAGUAGUGUUG